CCUCCCCCGCCUUGUUUAAAUCCGAGACGCCAUACGGACAGAGAGCACACGGAUACUGGCAGUAGCUCGCCUCCAUUUCAUUAAUGGCGCUCUCCGCGCUCCUCCUGCCCUCCUCCUCCACCACCACCGCCGACACCUCCGACCGCCGCCGCGGCCAGCAGCCGCAGCCGCCGCCGCAGCAGCAGAACCACCACAGCAAGCGCAAGAAGAAGCCGCCGUCGUUGCCGCCCCCGCUCUCCCCCGCGCCCAGGACUCCUGGCCGUCGCCAUCUUGCCGCCACCGGGACGCCUUCCAGGAAGAGCCCCGCCCUCGCCGCCCCCACCGCCGGCGCCAAGGCCAGGCUCGUGGCCGGCAAGGACCACCGUCAACGCCGCAGUGGCUCGAAGAAGGCGGCUGCGCAGAAGCCCGCGCGGCCGGCGUCGUCGUGGGAGCAGCUGAAGAGCCUGCUGAGCUGCCGGAGCGCCACGGCGGCCGCGCGCGUGCACGACCCGGCCGCACUGGCGCGGGGCCCCGGCGCCGGGGGGUACUGGGGGACGUCGCUCUGCUCCAUGCGCGACGUGGCGACCGUCGACGGCGCCUCCUCCGCCGCGUCCGUCGUAGUCGACCACCGCGACACCGCCCCGCUCAACCGCUCCUCCCGCCGCGCCCACCACUCCUCGUCGUCGUCUGCUGGCGGCGGCGGGCACCCUUCCUCCCUCCGCGGCCUCUCCGGCUGCUACGAGUGCCGCGCCAUCAACGUCGAGCCCGUCUCAAGGAGGUACCCUCGGCCGAGGGAGCUGUGCCCGUGCUCGCAGUGCGGCGAGGUGUUCACCAAGGCCGACAGCUUGGAGCAGCACCAAGCCGUCCGCCAUGCCGUGUCGGAGCUGGGGCCGGAGGACUCCGGGCGGAACAUCGUGGAGAUCAUCUUCAAGUCGAGCUGGCAGAAGCGGGACCGCCCCAUCUGCCACAUCGACCGCAUCCUCAAGGUGCGCAACCCGCCGCGCACCGUCGCCCGCUUCGAGGCCUACCGCGACGCCGUGCGUGCCAGAUGCCGCGCCGACGCCGCCGGUGCUGGUGGCGCCACGCGCGCUGCGGCCGACGGCAACGAGCUGCUCCGGUUCCAUCCGGCAGCGCUGGCCUGCGAGCUCGGCGCCGACGGCUCCACCUCGCUGUGUGCGUCCUGUGACGAUGGUGACGCCGACGGCAAAUCGGCGGCCGCGGCGUGCGGGGUGUGCGCGGCUAUCCGGCAUGGGUUUGCGCCAUGGGCCGGCGCGCACCCGCUGGGCGUGCGCACCACGGCGAGCAGCGGCCGCGCGCACGACGUCUGCGGUGCCGAGGGUCCGAGCGCGGCAGCACCGGGAUGGCGGGCCAUGCUGGUGUGCCGGGUGAUCGCCGGGCAGGUGCGGCGGCGUGACGGGGACGGGGAGGAAGGGAAGGAGGAGGCGGGGCCGUUCGACUCGGUGGCCGGCGACGACGCUGGCGGCGCGUACGGGGUGCUGGAGGAGCUGUUCGUGGCCAACCCCAGGGCCAUCCUGCCGUGCUUCGUCGUGGUCUACCGCGUCGACGUCGACGCCCAGUGAGAUGCAUGCACCGCAGCAGCUAUAUUUCCCUGUGCACCUACCUACAUACACAUGUAUGUAUGUAUAUUAAUUUGUACGUACUACUUGUCUACUUGUAUCGAUCAAUUGUGUCGGCUUGAAGAUAUAUAGAGUAGUAUGUGUGUGUCAACGUGUGUACCCAAGAACACAACAGUAAUAUUGUGUACAAGUUGUUGCUUACAUGCAUGGAUGCACACCUGGUCGAGUAUGUACGUGCGUGCGUAGACUGAUUUUGAUGGGAUUGAUGGCUUCCAUGUACUAUUAACAGAUUUGCAUAAUGCAUGAUCGGUUCCGUGCA